UUGUGCAGCCAAAGUCCAGGAAGAAUCUUGCAGGAUUUUAUACAAGGAUCAACAACAUAACAGAACACGUUUUAACGCUCAAUACAUCAUGGCUGACAGCAGGGACAAAGCCACGGACCAGAUGAAGCUGUGGAAAGAGGCUCGGGCCACUCAGAGGCCAGACACCCUGACCACCGGAGCAGGGAAUCCCGUCGGAGACAAGUUGAACCUUCUGACAGCCGGCCCCCGUGGACCCCUCCUGGUUCAGGAUGUGGUCUUCACUGAUGAGAUGGCCCACUUUGACCGAGAGAGGAUCCCAGAGAGAGUUGUGCACGCUAAAGGAGCAGGUGCUUUUGGGUACUUCGAGGUCACCCAUGAUAUCACCCGCUACUGUAAGGCCAAAGUCUUUGAACAUGUGGGCAAAACAACUCCCCUCGCUGUCCGCUUCUCCACUGUGGCUGGGGAGUCUGGCUCUGCAGACACAGUGAGAGACCCUCGAGGUUUCGCUGUGAAGUUUUACACAGAGGAGGGCAACUGGGACCUGACGGGAAACAACACCCCCAUCUUCUUCGUCCGGGACGCCAUGCUGUUCCCAUCGUUCAUCCACUCUCAGAAGAGGAACCCUCAAACCCACAUGAAGGACCCUGAUAUGGUCUGGGACUUUUGGAGCCUGAGACCAGAAAGUCUGCACCAGGUGACCUUUCUGUUCAGCGAUCGUGGGAUUCCUGAUGGACACCGUCACAUGAACGGAUAUGGCUCUCACACAUUUAAACUGGUGAACGCUCAGGGGGAGAGAGUCUACUGCAAAUUCCACUUCAAGACUGACCAGGGCAUUAAGAAUCUGUCAGUGGAGGAGGCUGAACGCUUGGCCGCCUCAGACCCGGACUACGCCAUCGGAGACCUGUACAACGCCAUCGCCAACGGCAACUUCCCCUCUUGGACUUUCUACAUCCAGGUCAUGACCUUUGAGCAGGCCGAGAAGUUCCAGUUCAACCCCUUCGAUCUCACCAAGGUGUGGCCUCAUAAGGAGUACCCUCUGAUCCCAGUGGGGAAGAUGGUGCUGAACAGAAACCCGGUGAAUUACUUUGCGGAGGUGGAGCAGAUGGCCUACGACCCCAGUAACAUGCCCCCAGGAAUCGAGCCCAGCCCCGACAAGAUGCUGCAGGGCCGUCUCUUCUCAUAUCCGGACACACAUCGCCACAGACUUGGAGCGAACUACCUGCAGCUCCCAGUCAACUGUCCCUACAGAACCAGAGUCGCCAACUACCAACGGGACGGCCCCAUGUGCAUGUUUGACAACCAGGGUGGUGCUCCAAACUACUAUCCCAACAGCUUCAGUGCUCCAGAGUCCCAGCCUCAGUUUAUGGAGUCCAAGUUCCAGGUUUCUGCAGAUGUGGCUCGAUACAACAGUGCCGACGAGGACAACGUCACACAGGUCCGUAUUUUCUACACUCAAGUGCUGAAUGAAGAGGAGCGACAGAGGCUUUGUCAGAACAUGGCAGGAGCAUUAAAAGGAGCACAAAUUUUCAUCCAGAAACGAAUGGUGGAGAACCUCAAGGCUGUCCAUCCCGACUAUGCCAAUAGAGUCCAGUCAUACCUCAACAAGUUCAACCAGGAGCCCAAAAAGAGCAACAAUGUUCAUGUGUACAGUCGCCCUGGAGCCAUCGCUGCCUCCUCAAAGAUGUGAAGACUUCUGCAUUGACCACAAACUGCACUUAACAUGAUGGCAACAAGUACUUCUACCCUCUACUGCUAGACAAAACUCACACUGCAUCAUUGAACUUUUAAGACUGUCAAGUAACUACUCCAACAAAGUAUUUAAUAUCUACUGAUUAUAUGGCAUUAUGCUAAGACCACUGACAAAGAUUAUUUCUAUAGAAAAUGGUCCUUUAGUUAAUGGGUCUGAUAUUUUAGAUGCUAGAUAUUUUGUCAGGGAAAAUGACCCAAGCUCUUGUGGUGUUUUCCCGGUCUGCUCAUGCUGCUCUGUCAGUUUGGUCGACAGCCACGAUAGAUUCUCCAACUUAUAAUAAACAAUGUAUUUUCAGAUUUUGGUGUACUAGUUUUGGUAAAUGAAAAUGCCCUGUUACUUUAGUUUAAAGUAAUGUUUGAAGAUGACUGACCUGUCCUGACUGAAACAUGUUUUACUCAAAUGACCAAAGCAAAAAAAAGUGAGGGGUGCACUAUGUAAAUUUUCAGGAGGAGGGUCUGCUACCCGCCUGUCUCUGUGGAGAUGUUAUUUCUGUGACUGAAAUGUCCCACAAUAUGAACUUAAACAUCUCCAUGAAGACCAGCAGGUGAGGGACUUUUAUGCCAUAUUGUGGACUACCCAAGCAAAACAAUUACAUCUCCAUGGAGAUAAUCUAGUUGUGAGUUUCCCUGUCAGAAAACUAUAGAGCACCUUUUCAAAUGAGACCUGCUUUAGACCCAGCCGGGUUCCAGUUAUUAAGUCAUACUGGAGGUGCUGGUCAUAAUCUAAUACCAUCAGACUAUAACUUGUACAAUGUAUGCCUUGAUUCAUCUUUUUCAUCUUUUUUUUUCUAGGAUUAAUAUAUUCAAUCAUCAUUACUUUCAAUUCACCAAAAUAAGUAACUUCAAUACUGGUGAUUUAAAAAAAUAAAAUAACAUCGAAAACAAAUUUCAAAAACAACAUUGUGGUUACAAACUUUCAUUGCAAUAUUAAUAAUAAUAAUAUUUGUGUGACAUUUUGCUAUAAAAGUAAAAAUCCUAUGUUUUAUACUGAUAUUGACAUGUGUAUUUAGUGCCUCUAUCAAAUCAUUUCUAAUUAAAGGCCUAUGCUCUGUU